CACGUGACGCCCGCCCCCAUAUCCCGGCGUCCCCCGCGCCCCUCCCUUCUCUUCCGGCGCCAAGAUGUCGAAGCGAGGACGCGGUGGUUCCUCCGGGGCGAAGUUCCGCAUCUCCCUCGGUUUGCCGGUGGGAGCCGUGAUCAACUGCGCCGAUAAUACCGGAGCCAAGAACCUUUACAUCAUCUCCGUGAAGGGCAUCAAGGGGCGUCUCAACAGGCUGCCGGCGGCUGGCGUGGGCGACAUGGUGAUGGCCACCGUCAAAAAAGGCAAACCCGAGCUGAGGAAGAAGGUGCACCCCGCGGUGGUCAUUCGGCAGCGGAAAUCCUACAGGAGAAAAGACGGGGUGUUCCUCUAUUUUGAAGACAACGCAGGAGUGAUAGUAAAUAAUAAAGGCGAAAUGAAAGGCUCAGCCAUCACAGGCCCCGUGGCCAAGGAGUGCGCAGACCUGUGGCCCAGGAUAGCCUCCAACGCGGGGAGCAUCGCGUAAACGCGUCUGUCUUCAUAGAGAUUUAAAAUAAAACUCCUUGUUACCAAA